UAGAACAAAAUAACUAGAUAAACUAGUCUAGAAUUACUAUUUAAGUUAGAUCUACCAAAUCCAUAUCUGUUCAUAGAAAAAUAUUUCACGUAGCUAAAAAAUAAAUAGAUCUAAUUCCAUUAUAAACAAGACUAGAGUCAGAGCUCCACUUGUCAUGCUGUCUUCAGGCAUUAAAGCCGUUGUUUCUGAGUAUGAGCUACUCAAUUCUAACUACAACGCUAAAAGACAGUCACUGGAGGAUGAUCAUUUUUUCCCUCUUUAUCUUCGCCAAGAGAGAAAUAGCAAUUCCGACAUUCUUAAAAGUAGACAAUUAGAUCAUAUUCAGGCUGAAAGUAAAAUUCCUGUCCCCACUGAAUGGAGCCCUGGAAUGAUUCCCUGCUCAAACCACUUGCUGUGUGUCACACCUGAAAAGCCACAGAAAGAUUUGGCAGAUCUCAAAGAAAAUAUUCUAGAGCCCCAGGACACAAAUACAAUUCCACAGCCUGCUGUUUGGAGUCCGGGGAUGAGUUUCCGUCCUAACCCAUCUUUGUUUGUCACCCCAGAUCAGCAAGCUAGGAGAAACAUAUCUUCUAGAAACUCUGUUGAUAAUGAUGAAAAUAUGAAUGUGGCUGAGAAUGAAAAAGAAAAGCAGUUAAAAUCAAAAGAAAAACUGAAUGUUCGGUUUGACCUCCCAUCCUUAUCUUCAGGAGAUGAGACAACAGAGGACAUUGAUUUAGACUGUGCAUCUCCUAUCACAGGCUUGGAUUCCUCCAGUUGUCCUAGUCCAGUCUGGAAAACAUUUCAACACAAGUUUUAUAACCCCAAUUACUACUCUGAUGAUUCAGUUCUUGAGAAAUCACUCGACCAGCCUAUUGCCAACCUCACAACUCUUCAAAGCUCUCUUGUAAAUCAAACCUCAAAAUCAAAUAAACCAACAGCUCCUGGCAUAGCUCAACCAACAGAUCCAGCAUCCCCAGGAAGUCAGCAGAUCAAAGGGCUCCUGGUGAAUGGGCCGGUUGUCUCAAGAAAAAAUAUGCCAGGCAAACAGAAAUGCCAGACAGGCGCAGUACAACAAGCACUACAAGAAAAGCCCCCAGCCCUGACCCAACCAUCAGUGCUGGAGCUUCCUCCCGUCUCAGUUGUCAGGGAAUCAAAGAGUAAUUUCAUCUCCACGGAAUAUUCAUUUCCUUUUUCUGCCUCACCUACAGGUGGGGAAUAUGAACAUAUAUUUGCCAGACCUGAGUUUAACUCCACUCUCAAAUUGCGCAGUGAACUGGACAGUCUUUUUCAGGGUCAGUUAGAUUUAAAAAAGGCAGUGGAGGUAACAUUAGCAAAGUCAGAGGUGAAAAGGUCAGAGUUGAAUGAGAAGGCAGCAAACUACACAAAUAGGGCCUGUAAGCAGUUCCAAAAUCUGGUGGACAUUGACACUUCCUUGGAAACAUUGUGUGACAGAGUUGUCAGAAUGAGGACAAGCAAAGCACAUUCUCAGCGCCUACUCAAUCUAAACAAUAACAAAUCUUCAAACGCUGCAACAGUACCAGAUUUGAUGGAGUUUUUCUCAUCUGAUCUUCAAAAAGAAACUCCAAGUUUGAAACUGCUGGGCACAACUACUGACACUUCCAAGCUCCACACCUCUUCUGCAACUUCUGUGUUUGAUUUAUAUCGCCACAAUCGCGUAUGGUUGGGUAUUCAUGACUUUUAAAGUUCAUGCCUCAACUAAUGCCAUUGACCCUUUCAAGUUAAAGCAGAAAAAAAAAGUUUUAUAAAAUUGCAAAUGAGUAGAACUUGAAAAUAUUGUUUUGCCUUUAAGGCUAAAUUUCUAUUGACAAACACCAACUCAAAAUGUUACACUGUCAUCACCUUGGUAAAAGAAAGUGAUUGUCUAUGACUGUUAGAGACACCUUUAUUUUUAUUAUAAGGACCCAUCUUCCUUUUCUGGAAAAUGUCUAUACUUUUAAACAUUAGCAUGACCUAGUAAAGGCUAGUUUGUUUUAAUUUUUGUCAUUUAAAUUACAUUACCAUUAGCAGACAAGAAAAAAAAUUCCAAUUUACCAAUUAAAAUAUUUAUAAUCACAUGUUUUUAAAACUCUUCACACAAUUUUAUUGAAUUUGCAAAAAAAUAUUGCAUAUAUAACCUACUUACUGUAUGUAUGACCUAUUUUAUAAUAAAAGUAAUCCAAAUUGUUAUUUUCA